CAGCAGUCUUUCCCACGGAGCUAUAGAAGAGCUUUGCACUUGCUGCUCUGCGGGGCUUAAACCAGUCCGCUUCCAGUCGCCUCUUCCUCUUUUUACAGCUGUUUCCAGCGCGUCGACCGGAGCUCUGCAACAAUGGAUCCCUCUGAGCAGAGAGACAUGGCCAAGCAGCCGGCCAGCGCUCCCAGCAGCUACAUCCCGGUGCAGCAGCCAGAAGGAGCCGCGGGACUUACAGCAAACACACCCGACAACACGGCCGGGGGCCCCGCGGCCGCCCCGCACCAUCACCCGGCGCCCCAGCCGCCGCAGCAGCAGCCUUGCAACGAGAGCAAAACUUUUUGCACCUCGGAGAAUAAAGCGGGAGAUCCGGACGCCAGCAGAGCCUAUGGGACGUUUAAAAACAGCCCGGCGCCCAUGAUCCCCGGAUCGGGGGCCGGUAUUAACCCGGCCCUCGGGGGGUCCGCCCAGUACAGUGACCCGCUCCGGGCCACCAUGGAGCAGAACAACGCGCCCAGUAACUGGACGGCUAUGAGCCAGACCACCAUCAUACUGGGAACAGAUGGGAACACGUCUGUUCAGCCCGGGACCAUGGUAGGGGCUGAUGAUGAUGAUGACGAAGGGGGAGAUGAGAAUAAGGCCAGAGGAAACUGGUCCAAUAAACUGGAUUUUAUUCUGUCCAUGGUUGGCUAUGCGGUGGGAUUGGGAAACGUCUGGAGGUUCCCUUAUCUUGCCUUUCAAAACGGGGGAGGGGCGUUUUUGAUCCCCUACAUGACGAUGCUGGGCAUCGCCGGGAUCCCCAUCUUCCUGCUGGAGGUUUCCCUGGGCCAGUUUGCCAGCCAGGGGCCCGUGUCAGUCUGGAAGUGCAUUCCAGCCCUGCAAGGUUGCGGGAUUGCCAUGUUGAUUAUAUCUGUCUUGAUAGCCAUAUACUAUAAUAUUAUAAUGUGCUGGACACUGUACUACCUGUUCGCUUCGUUGAAGGGCUCACUGCCAUGGGCUAACUGUAGGAAUGAGUGGAACACGGUGGAAUGUAAGGACAAAGACAUGCUGCUGUUAGACACGUGCAUCCUGCGAGACAGGAACAGCGUUUCGGUCAGGAACUCUACCUUCUGUCUGUCCGCAAAUGCUGCGGGAAACCUGACAAAGCUGCUCAACAUGACCAUGGAUGGUAACAAGACCUAUGUCAGCCCCAGCGAAGAGUACUUCAAGUACAACGUGCUCCACAUUUCUAAAGGGAUUGAAUUUCCAGGAGACAUCCGCUGGGCUCUAGCAGGCUGCCUCUUCCUGGCCUGGGUCAUCGUUUAUGCUUCUUUAGCCAAAGGAAUCAAAUCGUCCGGAAAGGUUGUUUAUUUCACAGCUACGUUUCCGUAUGUGGUGCUGGUCAUCCUUUUGAUCAGAGGGGUGACCCUGCCUGGUGCCGGCGAUGGCAUCCUUUACUUUAUCACACCAAAAUGGGAGAAACUUAAUGAUGCAAAGGUGUGGAAAGACGCAGCCACUCAGAUCUUCUUCUCUCUGUCGGCUGCGUGGGGAGGCCUCAUCACUCUCUCCUCCUACAAUAAGUUCCACAAUAAUUGCUACAGGGAUACCAUUAUAGUGACUUUCACAAACAGCCUUACCAGUGUAUUUGCUGGAUUUGUCAUCUUCUCUGUGAUUGGUUUCAUGGCUCAUGAGUUGAAGGUGCCAAUAGAGAAGGUUGCAGAUGAGGGUCCAGGCAUAGCGUUUGUGGUGUAUCCAGAGGCUCUGACCAGACUUCCUCUGUCUCCUUUCUGGGCAAUCAUCUUCUUCCUCAUGCUCCUGACUCUUGGACUGGAUACCAUGUUCGCCACCAUUGAGACCAUCGUGACAUCCGUGUCGGACGAGUUCCCUAAAUACUUGAGGAAGCACAAACCGCUCUUCACGCUGGUCUGCUGCGCCGCUUUCUUCAUCCUGGGCUUUCCCAUGAUCACAGAGAGUGGGAUGUACAUGCUGCAGCUGGUGGACACGUUCGCAGCCUCCUAUUCUUUGGUCAUCAUCGCCAUCUUUGAGCUGUUGGGGAUCUGUUACCUCUACGGUCUGCAGAGGUUUUGUGAGGACAUCGAAAUGAUGAUUGGUUUCCAGCCAAACCGAUUCUGGAGACUCUGCUGGGCCUUUGUGACUCCAACUAUUCUGACGGGCAUCCUGGGACUCAGUCUGUACCAGUGGAAGCCGAUGACAUAUGAGGACUACACAUACCCCACCUGGUCCAUGGUUAUGGGCUGGCUCAUGGUCAUCUGCUCUGUCAUCUGGAUCCCCAUCAUGUUCCUCAUUAAGAUGCACCUGGCCCCCGGCAGCAUAUCCGAGCGUUUGAAGUUGGUCUGCUCCCCUCAGCCUGACUGGGGUCCUUUCUUGAUGAAGCACCGCGGAGAACGCUACAAGAACCAGAUGGAUCCUCUCGGAACCAACUCUUUGGGUCUGAAACUGCCCCCAAAGGACUUCCAGAUGGGUUCCUAUCAGUAGCAGUCGUCCUGGAAGCAGCUCAGCGCCUCCAACCCUCGCAGAAGGCACCGGGAGAAGAUGAAUGCCUGUUCCCUGGUCGUCUUCUCCUCCACCUCUUGCUCCCCCUCCUCCUCUUUCUCUUUUCCCCGUUCCGUACCUCAUACUGUUUGCUUCCUGUCUUCUUUUGUCCUUCACGGCUGUGGAAACAGGAUCCCUUUCCCCUGUCCUUCAUCCCCGUAGCUUUAUCCACCGUUUCCCAUCUUCUCUCAGGGAGGAGUGGAUGCCCAAAGUGGAGCCUGCCCUUCCACUGCCGCUGCCUGGUACUCGGUUAAUGGGCUAUCUUUGCCUCCCACACAUGACCACUGAUUACUCAAAGCCCUUUCCCAGGGAACCUUAUUUUGGAAGAAAAAUUGUGUCAUAAAAAGACACAGUUCAGACUGCACUUGCAAUAUUAGCUGCUCCCUAUGGAGCUGUGUGUGUCUGUCUGUGUGUGUGUGUGUGUGUGUGUGUGUGCGUGUGCGAGUGCCAUUAUAUCUGUGUGUAGAGAUAUUGAAUCAUUUUGGUGCACAAAUAAGAAGGAAAACAACAAAAUUUGAGCACAAGAAAAAAAAAAUCAACUUGCUUGAUGGGGAUUUGUGUUUGGUUCCAUCUUUUUAGAAAAUUUGAUCAGAAAUACAAAUAACAGAAAACAGAAAAAAGAGACAGUAUACUCUGCUAUCAGAUUUACUCCUAUCCAGCAGUACAGAUGUAUAGUCAUAUCAGCUACUGCUCGGUCGCUUGUGCUUUGUCCAAACUAGAUUACAAAAUCUACAGUUUGUGCCUCCUAUGUCCCGGUAGAGUAGCGAACGCAUCCUGAUUACCACUUUCCCAAGUUACAUGUUGACCUUGGAGGACUUAGCAGUAUGAUAGAAACUUGGAUCUAUUUUUCUUUCCGAACCCAAGGGACUGUGUGUGAUACCCUCUCUCUUUCUCUACUUAUAAAGAUGUGAUCCUGUUGUAUUAUCCUAGAAUGUAAAGUGUAGAAAACUAGUAGAGUCCAUCCGUCAGUAGGUGACUGGGCCAACUAACCUGUUCAGGUAUUAAAUGCUGACCUCAUAGUCACUUCCUGUGCAUAUAUUUCAUAUGCAUAUUUAUCGCUGUAUUGGUUGCGACCUUGUCAAGCCAUCUGUGAAUCCUCCUUGGGAUUGUACAUUUCAUCAGUAGAGUAAAAAAGCUAUAUAUAUAUAAAUAUGUAUAUAUAAAAAUAUAUACAUAUACACAUAUAUACAUAUAUAUACACAGAUAUAAACACAAAAACAUAUAAGAUCAAGUAUAUAUAUAUAUAUUGCCUCCAGCAGAGAGCAGAGCUAGAGAGAUACUGAUUGAGUGUUUGUAUGUGUGUAUGUGUGUUAGUGUGUGCGUCUUGCUAAGGUGUAAUAUUUUGUAUAAAAAUGCACUCGCCAUGAACAAAAGAGUAUCUUCAAGUAGCGUCUGUUGUCGCAUCCUCGCAACAAUGGGAGCCGCUGCCAUGUGUGAACAGAUGAACGAUUAGAGUAGAAAAACAGCCUCCUUCUCUCAAGGAAAUGUACCUUGUCUGUUGUUGUCUGUGGUAGAGCUCUGGACAUCCUUUUUAUCAUUUCAGAAUCAUCCCUCUUGCUUCUCUGUGUGUCCUCAGUAAAAACAGGGUCUCAGGUAUACUCCGUCAGACUACUGAGGCAAGAAUAAUAGCACCCAGUGCAAAGAAAGCUGACAGUAGGGCCACCCUAAUGUUUAACUGCAAUAGAGGCAGUAUUGCGAACAAGAAGAAUCCUAAUAUUACUCCUUGAGGACCUCGGUGCAGCUCGCUUUUUGCUCUCUGUCGCCUAAAUGCACCUUGCUGUGACUGCUAAGGACCUCUGAGUGACUCAUCCUGUUUUUGAUCAGCAGUGUGCAGCACUGAGUCAAGCAUCAUUACUUCUGAAAAGGAGACAGAAGUGAGAAAGGUUCAAUUAAAGAGUAACAAUUUGAAUGUGAUGUUGUUCACUGGAGGUUUAAUCAACCCUUGCAAAGUUUGUUGCAGCGUGCUAUACAUGUGCAGAAAAUGAAAGGCCUUUUAAGAGCUUUCUGGUCCCCUCGCUCACACGUGGUCUGUCAGAAUCAGACAUAUUACUGUAAUUUAGCAACUAUUUCCUUUAAAGCCAUGCUGUGCAGACACAAUCAGCACAACGGAGCUACUAUAAGUGCUCUUCCUAGGGUUGUAAAAGUCACCUGCAGAUGUUUCCCCAGUGCAGCUCGGCGGGUGGUCGGACUGGCUUUUUGCCUUCUGAAAUUUGACUUGACCAGCCACCAACUUUUACCUAGUGGGUCGCUGAGCUAUUCACUUCAAACUGACAGCAUUCUUCCAUCCAGAAGCCGUUAGUCUUUUGCACACUUCGCCCAGCUGGAGAUGCAUUUUCACGUUCCCAGUUGGCUCGAUGACGCUUUCACCAUGGCAGGUCAUUUAAUCGUGGAUUGUUUUUAACGCGGGAGGUGACAGUUAAGGCUCUCUCUUUCUAUUUCUCUAAGCCAUGUCUUUUCAUAACCUUGACAUGAAAAGAGCACAGGUAUGAUUUAAAAGAUUGUUUAAAAGCAAAACAUAAUCAAUUUAUGAGCACAAGUAUCUUGAUGUUAAAUAGCUUGUUUGCUUCACUGUGUCACUUUUAAGAUGUUUGGCUCUAUUUGUGAUAAAAACGUGUGUCUGUGUGUGUGUGCGUGCGUGUAUGUGUGCGCGUGCUUGUCUCCGUGUAAGUUUAACUCAGCCGUUAGUCGGAUGUUUGCAUGGCCGGUCUCGGAGUAGAUUACAGAAUGAAGCAGUGGAUUCCCAUGAAUGUCUCGGCUUGAUUGAGCUCUCCUUCCACACGAUUAGAAGAUCUUUGACAGUCGUAAAGCCAUCUUGAAAUGUUGAUCUGCUCAAAAAAAAAAAGACAGAAAAAAGUAAUUGUUUGGCUUUUACCUUAGAGCAGGAGAAGCUGAGGGAGCAGGUUGCAGUUUUAAUAAGACUUCAAAAGUCUUUAUACCCUGAAUGGUUUUAAUGAUUUAAUUUAGGGCCAGAGCUAAAAUGCUAUAAGUUUUGUGCCGCUGUGUUUCCAUUUCUACAGGGAUUCUCUGCUUUCAGUUUGAGAGGAAAAAAACAGCUUUGGGUUUAUUUGAAACAACACGUCUUCAUAAAAUGUGUUAAAUGAAGAGCUUGCAUGUGCAGUUUGUGUUGCUGUAACUCCGUGUCCAUGUAUAGUAAUCUUUUCUCUCUCGAUAGGAUAAGUCGGUGCAUGUUUACUUUAGGGAACUUUUGUUCUACAUAAAGUUAAGAAGCAGAGGGUUGUUGAUGUCCAUUUACACAAGAGGAAAAGAAAAAAAAUUCUUAAAAAAAAAAUACAUAUAGAAACUGUCAAUUUCUUUGGACGGCAAGUCAACUUUGGGCAGUAUAAGUAACCAAAGAGAGAGUUAUUGAACUGGCGUUGGAGAGAAAACUGAAACUAAAGAAAAAAAAAAAGAAAAAAAAAAGGGAACAUCAUUUGCGUAAAGGAGUUCAAGAUACUGCCAUUCAUAUAAUAUGUAGUGUUCUUCAGUGUUUGCCAAUACGUUACAAAACACCUUCAGGUAACCAUUGGCCUUAUAGAUGUCCUCUAAUGGUAGAAUAUUAUAUGUACUUCAAAAAUAACACCACAGCAUAGCUGUCUGUCUCAUGGUUCUAGUAUUCCUAUUGUUAUGUCUGUUGUGUCUUUUUGGCACUUUACUGUGUGACCUAUGAAUGCAUAGGUUAAAUUUCUAAUUACUUGAGUAAUGUCACAUACUUCUGUGUGUUCUAUGUGAGGUACUGCUGCCUAUGGAUAUAGAUAUGUGCCUCCAACAGCCCAUGACAUUCAUUUGAUUUAAAGAUUCAGAGUAGAUAUAUUAUACAGAUAAUAUGUUUUAAAAUGUGUGUGACGUGUAACAAAAAAGACUAAGAAAGUAUAUAUCAUAAAUGUGAAAUGCAUUUAUUUAUUUUCAAAAUCAUCAAUCUUUGAGGCUCUACCUCAGAUUUUGUAUUUAUGUAUAGAA